UUGACUUUUUUUUUUUGUAUUUUCAAAUUUCGAAAUUCAAACCAGUCCCACGCCAAACGUUCCCUUAAUAUUCCACGCUCCACUAACCCUCUUUCACUCUCCAACUUCCAUUUCCCUUGUAAUUUUUUUCCUUCAGUUUCAGAGAGAAAUUUAAUCGGAAAAUCACUUCAUUUUCGUCCAGCAAGAAGAAUUGCCAUGGGAGCUUCUGGAAAUUGGAUCAAAUCGCUGAUCAAUCUCAAGAAAUCCCAGUCCAAAUACGCCACUGCGAAGGAGGGAGGGACUUGCAGAGUGUGGAAGCUAUGGAGGAGCGGGUCCGGCGGCGGCGGCCGGGCGGGGAAAUCGGAGAAGUACGUGGAGGAUUCUGAGGGAUCCAUAUCUUCCUUCGUCUCCGACAGCGCUUUGGCGGCAGCCAUGGCGACGGUAGUUAGGGCUCCGCACAAGGAAUUCGUCUUGAUGAAGCAGGAAUGGGCCGCGAUCCGGAUCCAGACGGCAUUUCGCGGAUUUCUGGCGAGACAGGCCUUGAGGGCGCUGCGAGGAGUGGUGAGGAUUCAGGCGAUAUUUCGGGGGAGGCAGGUGAGAAAGCAAGCGGCGGUGACGCUGAGGUGUAUGCAGGCGCUUGUUCGGGCUCAGGCUCGGGUUAAAGCUCAAUCCUCUUCCCAAACCAACGUCGAUCCGAUCAAACAACCAUCCGAUGAGAAGGGGUGGAUCGACAGCCCGGGGACAGUAGAGGAAGCGAGAAAGAGGUUGCAGAAGAAGCAAGAAGGUGCAAUGAAGAGGGAGAGAGCUAUUUCUUAUGCCAAUGCAAAGCUGCAAACAAGAACCAAUUUAAGCCCUUCAAACCCAAGAGGCACAAGAAAGGUGGAGAAGAGUGAGGAAGGGGACAACAGCUGGCUGGACCGUUGGGUGGCAACUAAGCCAUGGGAGUGCAGCACAAAUCUUGAACACCACAACAACAACAGUAAUUUCUCAGGUGUGAAGAUAAAGAGGAACAACAUUUCCACCAGAAUUACAGCGCCACCCGCGACGACAACAACAACAACAACAACAAGCCAGUGUUCUUCUUCAUGGUACCUGGGUAACAACAACAGUGACAGCCCGACAAGCAGUCCUUCGCCAAUGUCGCCUUCCAGCAACGACAACAACAGCAGCAGCAUACCGAACUACAUGAUUCCCACGGAGUCGAUUAAGGCGAAGUUCAAAAAACAGCAGAGAAGGUCAUGUAACAAUGGUGGUGGUGGCAGUGGCGGUGAUGAUAGAAGCAGCAGCAGCAUCCAGAGGAAUUCGUCUGAGGAUUUUCGGUCGUGCGGGAGGAAAUGGAGCCCACUUCGCCCUCGUUCGGUGACGAGGGCAACUGCUGCUGCAGAUAAUGUCAAGAAUUUGUGCAAGGAUCUAUAUCCACCUAUGCAGCAGCAGCAGCAGCAGGCAGUGAGAUGAUCGUGAUGAAGAAUCUUCAAAAAAAACUUACUGGUUAU